AUGUCCAACAUGCCCGCCAGCGACCCAAUGGACGUCGAUGAUCAUUCCGACAACAAGUUUCUGGCUGCCGCCAGGGAGAGUGACAAGAUUGUCCGGAGCUCUCAAGAGCAGAUCGAGAUCCUCCGCGCGGCCAUAGAGAACGCACAUAAGAUGAUCAAGACACACCUCGAGAAGAUGGAGGAGGCCGCCUCCGGCGCCAACGAGAAUCGCAAGCUGGACAUCAUGGAGCAAGCCCGCCUGCAAGACGAACUCGCCGACAAGCAAUGGGAGGCCACCAAGGCGAUGGCCAUAGGCAGUCUGGCCCUCCACAACAAGAACAAGAGCUCGGCCGACGCCUUUGAGAAGGCUCGGCGCCUGGGCCCCAAACUCCGUCGACCUGGGGCCCAGGGCAAGGUACGAACUUGUAUUUAUUGCUACCAACGCUUUACAGCGAACGACGAGUGUCGCCGUCACCUGAAGCUCCAGCAUUACGCGGAGAUGUGGCCGGAGUGGACUGCUGCUGAGGCCCAGGCCGCCGCGGAGCGCGACGCUCCUUGA